GCCUGUUUCCGGAAGCACGCACAUGUGGGAAAACGCUGCCGUGACUGCCACUCGGUUCCUUUCGAACGUCGUGAGACACACAUCCCGUGUCUUUGCAAGGUGGAAAACAAUAAGUGUGUCCGAGAUCCAACCCCGCCUUUCGCCACGUCUCUACAAACAGUUGGCUUUGAUGGCAGAAUCAGAGCCCACUCCUCUCCCUGCCCAGGUCGGUGAGAAGAGAGGCUGUCCAGAGGAUGAAGAGCAAAAUACACCAUCCAAGAAGACGAAAGUUGAAGAAGAUCACAAAAAUGGUGGCCAUCCGACCCGAGACGAAGAGGAAGGACUUGGAGGUGAAGAGGAGGGCGAUGGGGAGGAGGAGGAGGGUGAGACCUUUGCUGAUAUGAUGAAGCACGGCCUCACUGAGCUGGAUGUUGGCAUCCUCAAAUAUGUCAGUGACCACGAGGGUUUCUCAGGAAUCCUGAAAGAAAGAUAUUCAGAUUUUGUUGUGCACGAAAUCAACAAACAAGGCAAGGUGGUGCAUUUGGAUGACCUCUCUAUCCCAGCAGAGGCUGAGGAUGUCCCAGAAACUGAAGAACAGCCCAAAGAAUGUGAUGUACUGACUGAUGAGCAGAAAAAGCAGCUCACUGAACUGCAGCUAUUCACUAAUAAAGAGGACAACGUUUCCAUUGAGGUGAUGGAUGAUACAAAAGAAAAACGUACACUUGUCCACAAAGCCAUCAAGUCUCAGUUUCCUGGACUUGAAACAAAGACAGAAGAAAAAGAGGGACGCAAGUAUAUUGUGGCAUAUCACGCUGCGGGGAAGAAGGCUUUGGCAGAAGUCAAAACAACUGCAGCUCCCCGGAAACACUUUUGGCCAAAAAACCGUGGCAGCUACUGCCACUUUGUCCUGUACAAGGAAAACAAAGACACAAUGGAUGCCAUCAAUGUCCUGUCCAAAUUCCUCAGGACAAGACCCAACAUGUUUUCCUACAUGGGAACCAAGGACAAGAGGGCCAUCACAGUGCAAGAGAUUGCAGUGCUCAAGAUCACCGCAGAGAGGCUGGCCCACCUCAAUAAGUGCCUCAUGAACCUCAAACUUGGAAACUUUAGCUACAAAAACCACCCUCUAAAGCUGGGGGAGCUGCAGGGAAACCACUUCACUGUCGUCAUCAGGAACAUCUCAGGGAGUGAUGAGCAGGUCCACCAGUCCAUGACGUCCCUCAAGCAGACCGGCUUCAUCAACUACUUCGGGAUGCAGCGCUUUGGCACCACGGCCGUUCCCACUCAGCAGGUUGGCAGGGCUAUUCUGAAAAACGACUGGAACCAGGUUGUAGAUUUAAUACUGAAGCCUCGACCUGGAGCAGAGAAAGGCUUUCUGGUGCGCUGCAGGGAGGAGUGGGCGAAGACUCAGGAUCCAGAGGCGGCGCUGAAGAAACUGCCGAACAAGCGCUGCGUGGAGGGACAGCUGCUGAGAGGCCUGUCGAUGUACGGCAAGAAAAACAUCAUCACUGCCUUUGGCCUGAUUCCUCGUAACAACCGCUUGAUGUACAUCCACAGCUACCAGAGCGUGGUGUGGAACACCAUGGUGAGCCGCAGAAUCGAAGCCUUCGGCCUCAAGGCUGUGGAAGGAGACCUGGUGCUGGAAGGAACCACAGCACGUGCGCUGUCUGCAGAGGAAGCUGAGAAACACUCCAUCCACGACAUCGUCAUGCCACUUCCUGGAUUUGACGUCAUCUACCCCUCUCACCACGUUGGUAAAGGCUACAGAGAGCUGCUGGCUGCAGACGGGCUGGACAUCGACAACAUGAGACACAAAGUGAAGGACUACUCCCUGGCUGGAGCGUACCGACGCGUUCUCAUCAGGCCCACGGAUGUCAGCUGGAAGGUGAUCCAGUACGAUGACCCCAAGAUCUCUCUGGUCCACAGUGACUUUGAGAUCCUGGAGAACAAACCAGCCCCGGUCUUCAACAGCGAGGGGAAGUAUCGCGCUCUGCGGAUGGAGUUCUCCCUGCCUCCGUCGACCUACGCCACCAUGGCCAUCAGGGAGGUCCUCAAGCUCGACACGAGCAUCAAGAAGCAGACUCAGCUCAACACCACCUGGUUCAACUGAGGCCAGAACCCCGCCGGGUGUGAAAACCGGACCGCGGAGCACCGAUAUGUACUGGCUACUUACUGUUGUGAGUGUUUUAAAAUAAGCUGUUCAUUCUGUCACAGAUCAGUUGGGUUCUAUGUGAACCUUAAAUAGUUUCUUUGACAUAAAAAGAACAGGAGUUUAUCAUCAUGCAACCUUUUUUUUAAGUGAUGUUUUUACUUCGUCUGUGCUGAAUCGCUGCAGCACAGUUAACAUCUCUUUCUCAGUUCUUAAGUAAACCUUGUGCUUCUGGGAUGCCCAGAUCAUCACAUGAACUGUUUUGUACAGAAGUGUUUUUUCCUUUAGUUUGUUCCAGCUUUAGUAGUGUGAAUUACAAAAACAGAAAUUAAAUUGUCCAGAGAUUCAA